CAGCAGACGCAAUAAAAUUGUAUGGCGACAAUCAUGGUCUUCUGCUUCUAGCUUCUUGUGUGGUUCUACGGCCGGUUUGUGGUGCCUUCGGACACUGAUUCCGUGUUUCGUAUCAUAUUUUAGGCGCUUUGUUUUGUCUUCGGCAUGGGACAAGUAGUGCAGCUGACAACUGCUGAUCUACUACAUUUUUGCUCUUUAGGUGCUCAACGCGGUCACGAGAUAGUACUAUUCUCUACAUCUACUUGUGAUGGCAAGGCGAAUUAGUUUUGGAGGUCUGUGUGAUAACGCCGUUCAUUUGUUCUCCAGAGGCAACACCAUUGAACCAUUAUACAAUAACGAGGACGCAUCAUCUGGUGACGAGGAACUUUUAGACAUCACAAACGCGACUUUGAACCUAAUGGACGACGCCGAAGAUUUCUGUAUCAGCGGUCGAUCUUGUGUUGGGUCACAGCAAUGUAGCAAUCCGAGCAUGUGUUUAAACGGGGCUUCGCACAGGAAUACACCAGGGAAUUUUUCCACGUCCCGUGACGCUCCCGACACAACCUGUAAAUCUAGCAGAGAAGAGUGUGCAUCGCUUCUCUGUGAUACCAGUGAAGAUGACCAGGAAGAAACCCUUCACUGUCACAUCCGGCAGAAGCCCUCCAGCUCAUCAAAGACUGCACAGCGGCAGCUGGUUGCUAGCAGCCUGAUAUGCCUGACUUUCAUGACUGCGGAAAUAGUCGGUGGCUACAUAUCAAACAGUUUGGCCAUAAUGUCUGAUGCAGCGCACAUGUGCACAGACCUUGUCAGUUUUUUAAUGUCCAUAUUUGCGGUCUGGAUUGCGCAGAAAUCACCUACAAAGAGGAUGCCAUUUGGCUUCUACAGAGCAGAAAUCUUAGGGGCCUUGGCAAGCAUACUGUUUGUGUGGAUCUUAACCGGAAUUUUAGUGUACUCUGCCAUCCGACGAAUACAGUAUUCAGACUAUGAAAUUGAUGCCGACGUCAUGCUGAUUGUUUCUGGAAGCAGCGUUGCAAUGAACAUUGUGAUGGGUCUGGUCCUCAAUGGCUGCUGUCCCAUUGGAGGUGCACAAAGGCAUCAUCACCACAGCCAUGGGCUAAGCAGUCGUGUGGGACACACUGAACCGUCUAACAUCAACAUAAAGGCGGCACUUAUCCACGUGCUAGGUGAUUUAUUGCAGAGCAUUGGAGUUCUUAUUUCUGCAUACAUUAUAAAGUACAAGCCACAGUACAAAAUUGCUGAUCCCAUAUGCACGUUCAUCUUCUCGGCGUUGGUGAUGUGCACGACAAUCCCCAUUAUGAGGGAUGCUGUCAUCAUUUUGAUGGAAGGAUUCCCAAGAGACAUGAAUUACGUUUCCCUCAAGUCUGCACUACAGAGCAUAAAGGGGGUCCGUAUGGCACAUAGCCUACAUGUGUGGUCUCUAACAUUGCAGAAGAAUGCACUGGCUGUCCAUUUAGCUGUUGAUGAAGAUGCUGAUCCAAAUGUUGUGCUGGCUGCCGCACAGAGUUUGUUGAGGAGCAAGUUUGGCAUCUUCACUUCUACAGUCCAAGUGGAGAAAUAUGUUCCUUCAGAUAUGCUGUCCUGUGAUUUGUGCAGAGGACCUUCCUAGCAGUAGCCCCCUGCUGUGACAACAGAAAUGUGCUGUUGAGCUACGAGUGAUCUGAACAUUCUUACCAAUUCUGAAGUGAUGACAAUAAUGCACGCUGCCUAGCCUACAAGUCAUUGUGCAGAAAGGAGAACAGUUCUUGGUUCAAAGUCGUGUUCGUGAUGUUUUACGUUGCGUUGAGUGCACCUUUGUACUGUGAGACGCAGUGAUGAGUACAUAGUGUCAUAUCAGAUAGAGUAGUAAUUGUAGCCAAUAUGUUCCAGACAAUGUGGAGCAAAUAAACAUGGUGAGCGAAUAUGGCAUAAUCAUAAAGGUGAAUCCCGUGCCUUCAUGUUAGAAGUGAAACAAGAUGCUCAAAUGCAGCAGUUCAUCGAGAGUAUGAAAUAAUAUAUCAUGCUACCGUUAGUUAUCAAGGAUGUCCCUGCCUGCAGGAAUGCUAUCCCUCACUAUAGAGCACUGCAUUUAUUUUACAUGCUUUCUGUUCAUGCCUUUUGUGUGCCCACAUUCCGAUGUGGUAACCUUACUGAAUUCCAAGACUUGAUCUCACAAAAUGAAUAUUUGUGAAACAAACGUUAUCGUGGUGCUACAAAAAUGCACUGCUGGACAAUCUGUGAAAACCAUUAUUUUAUGGCAACUAUAUCAUGUGCACUUCUUCACAUUUAUUUACUAUGCACAUACCUGCGACAGAAAGUUGCAACAUUCCCUCUGGUUGUAAGGAACACUGUGCCUGUGAAAUUGCUUGUGUAUGCAGUUACAAAGAAUAAAUAUUUUUGUGAUAUACACACGUUGUACAACAAGAAGCACUGCUUGGUACUGGUGUGAGUAAGGUUUGAAGAGCACAAUAUUUAUUUUGAAACGAGAUGCUGUCUCAUAAAAGAAAUUAAGGCACUUUGUGGCUCGUGUGGUGUUCAUCUGUUGUUUCGGCCUCACAAUCGUUACUUUCCAUCAUAAUGAAGAUUUCUUACUGCGGCAUGACAGAUUGAGAUAGAACUAGACACAUCAAAAACCAAGCAACAUUGUGAAAUGCUUCUGGAGCCUACAUUUUCUUACUUGGGGGUUUUUAUAAGCACUGCCUGUUUCAUAAGCAGACCUUGUAAAUUAUCUCCUGGGGCCAAUAUACUUGAAGCAAACUGCAUGAGAUAAUGUGUGCUGCUUAGCCUGCCAUCAGAUCUGUGUGCAAAAAAUUCUCAGAAUGACUCGUGUGAUGAAGUGAUAUUUAGCACAAAAUCACUUAAAUUUGUGAUCGAAAAUACAAAUUUCAAAUACCUUGUUUGCAAUUCAUUAGUCACAGGAAUUUAGUUAUCUUUUAAUAGCCAUCAGAAGGCAUGGUUUGCUGAAGCUAGAGAACACUGAAAACUAAAAUGCCCAUAAUUUCUAGUGUUUUGCAUAUUUUACCACACAUAUGCACACACAAACUUGUGCACUAAUACCUCACCAUGCUUCCUUAAACUUUUGUUUCGCAGUGGUGGUAGCACAGCGCACUAAUAAGUACAGCUUUGUUUCCCAUCAGAGGACUUUGCUUUCACAAGAACUCUUUCUUGCUUGUUCUGUUCUUGUGGAUGUCUUAAAGGAGCAUGGAAGGCACCUUGAACAUGCACUUUCUGAUACGAACAUACUACCUUCAGGAACUGCUUCCUGAAAUAUUUCACAUUUUCCUGCGAAAGUUCACAAAAGCACAUGGAUCAAAGGCGAUCUCUACCCAGGCUCCUUUUGGCAUGUUGUGAUGUCAGAUCAUCGAGCAUGCUUAUUGGCUGCUGAGAAUUGUCUGCUAGCAAGGCGAGUGGUCAACUCCCUCGUGUCAGACGUGGGAGAGCCGGAACCAAAUAGUGCUCUUGUGCGCCAGGAUUGCGCACCGCAUUCAUACUUUGCGUGUGAACACCCAUCCUAGGGCUUGUAAUCCCAAUCUCUACUCCUCUCGACUUUUUUUUUGUUUUCAGGCCCUUCCAUGCUCCUUUAAAAUACGUGCAUGGUGUUGACCUGUAGAAGUUACGCUCUCUAGAACUACAGUUCGUAUGGGUCUACGUGUUAACAUGCAAUGAAGCACAGCGAUGCAAGCAAAUAAACUUGAUAAACCUUCA